GACAGCGUGAGACUCACGUGUGGCUGCCGUUCCGGGGCUGGGAGUGAGUCACGGUUACACAGCACUUCUCGUCUAGAGCUGAACGACUGCCAAGUCAUCGUGCCGCAGCAAUCUUAUAACAGCAGAGAGCGCAGGCGGGGCCCCGCACACUGCACGGCGGCACGGGACAGGCUCCGCACACUGCACGGCACAGGCUCGCACCGGCAUCCCCACACACAAGGCUCCGCGCACAGGACAGGCUCGCACCGGCAUCCCCGCACACGAGGCUCCGCACACUGCACGGGACAGGCUCGCACCGGCAUCCCCGCACACGAGGCUCCGCACACUGCACGGGACAGGCUCGCACCGGCAUCCCCACACACCCGGGACAUGGGCACCGACAGCGCCGCAGCCCGGGCCCUGCUGGACGGGGCCAGCUCCAUUCACCUGCACACCGGCAACCUGAUGAACUGGGGGCGGCUGAAGAAGAAAUGUGCGCUCUCCACCAGCGAGGAGUUGGGCGAUUGCAUUAGGACAACUUUAAAUGAAUGGAGCAUGAAAGUUAGUCCUGAGCUGUUGCAGGAAGCUCCAGAUGCCCUGGAAUGUGCCAUGACCCCGGCACUGGAAACCAUAAACCCUGAAGAAAGAGACGAGAUGAAAGUGUCCGUAAAGCUGUUUAUUUUGCGCAAUGGCCUUUCAUCUAUCAGGCAAGCUGUAGACAUGGCUUGUUCCACCCUUGCUGUGGCCCAGCUGGAUUCUGUGAUCAUCGCACCACCUCCGUUGGAAGAUGGAGUCGUUCUUACCCUGGAGCAUCUGCAGCCGUACUGGGGAGAGCUGGAAAGUCUUGUGCAGGACAACAAAGUUAUUGCUAUAGGAACAUCGGAUUUAGAUAAACCACUCUUGGAACAGCUUUACCUGUGGGCACAGGUAAAGCCAAGUAGCAACCAAGUGAAUCUGGCAUCAUGCUGCAUCAUGCCGCCGGAUCUGACAGACUUUGCUAAGCAGUUUGACAUCCAGUUAUUAACUCACAGUGAUUCCAAAGAGAUCUUACCUGAAGAAAGUUUUCAAGAAGCUCUCAGAGAAGGCAUCCAAGAUGCUCAGGCUGAUGGCUGGUCACCCGAAUGGAUCUUACGAUAUUCGGUCAUUGUGAAAACGCGUGGAAUAAUAAAAUCAAAAGGCUACAUAAUACAAGCAAAGAGGAAAGCUCCCCAUUAACCACUGACGUUAUCGGACACACGUAUAUAGCGGCCCUUGGUUGUAAAAAGAGAGACCAAACUUCUUCAGGCUGCUGCGCAAUACCUGUGGUCAGGAUGUCGUUUACAAAUUGGAAAAUAUGGGUCAAGGAGAAAAGCAAAUCUUUCCUCCCAAUCUGGCAAUUGCUGAAGAGUUCAUUGUGUUGGUAGUUAGAUCACUAGUUGGCUCUGUGUAAAUGGCACGAACAGCCUCUGCUUUAUUCUGUGCUUGUGUAACCCAUGUUCCUCUUCUCGGAUGACGGUUAUGCAGUUUGUGUCUUAAAGGGUGUAACGAUGCCACAAAACAGCAUCACCAUCUAAUCUGUCUUUGACUCAACUACCAAUAGACUUGCACACAAUUCAGCAUGAAAACAUGUCCGUAAUUUGUAGGAAUGUGGUUGGCCAUACACAUUUGAUAUCAGUUUAAGGGCUCACGCACAUGACAGUAUGUUUGGUCUGCAUCUGAUCCACAUUUUUUUUUUUGCGGCCCAGGUGCGGAUCCAUUCAUUUUAAUAGGGCUGCAGAAGAUGCGUAUAGCAUCCUCGCGUCCAUUCCACGGCUCCUUAAAAAAAAUGUCUUUUUUACAGACAAGGAUAGGACAUUUCUGCAAAAGUUUAAAAAAAAAGUGACCUGCACAUGGCUGGGAUCUGUAUGCAUGAGCCCUAACAACCCCCCCACCCCUCCAUUCCACCAGCACACUCGGCAGGGUAUGGGAGAACAAAAGCAUCGCCCAUCAGAGUCAAUAGGGUCCGCCGACAUUGCCAGGUUUGUCCCACGUUUAGUGUGUAUGGCCAUCUGAUGGCAGCCCUCCAAUCGUCAAGCCCGAGGACUUUAAUCCUUUUAUCUCUUGUUUUCUGAUCAUAGGAAACCCUAUUUCAGACACUAGACCAUUGUGAUGCAGCUCAGUACAUGCAGGUUAGACGUUUGCUUUAAUAGAUAACACAGGAAGAUAAAAACUGGGUCCUCAUAUACACUGUCAUGUGAGCGUGAGCUGGAAUUUACGAUCCUUAUCUCUGUUUUGCAGCCAUAAUACCAUGACCUUAGCGCUUAAGGUCCCUUUACACAAGCCGACACAGCAGACUUGCUCAGAGAUUGCUUUAUACUUCUGGUUAUCACCACUGUAUGUCUGGCCGCUUCUAUUUAAGGGAAUUACCACACUGUCCGAUUUCCUGAAGCGGUUUUGGAAGCCAAAAUUUAGAGUGGAUUAUAAAGGGAGAGAAAGCAUAAAGGACAGAUACGAUAACUGUUUUUUAUUAUUCACUCCUGGUUUUGACUUCUAAAACUACAUCAGGAAACCUCAGUGUACUCAAACCCUAAGGCUAGGUCUACAUGACAUGUUAUCAAUGUCACACGACAAUUUUUAUAAUGAUAGUCUAUGGUGUCGCAUGCGACAUGCUGCGACGCGACAGUCGCAGAAAAAUCCAUCUUGAAUGGAUUUUUUGCGACUGUCGCAGUGCGACACCAUAGACUAUCAUAACAAUUGUCACGCGACAUUGGUGCGACAAAAUGUCGUCGUGUAGACCUAGCCUUAAGCUGACAUUAAAUCGGGCCCUAGACAGCAGAGUAACAUCUGCUGAACCUGCCCACUGUGCAACAAUCUAUUGUGUAUGGAAGCCUUUUGCGGACAAUAGGCAUUUCUACAAUGGGCCGCCCGUUCCUUUCCACAAGGCACAUGGGCGGCUUCUGUGUUUUGCGGACCGCAAAACACACCACGUUUGUGUGCAUGAGUCCCUAAGCACACGUGCAUGGGGGAAAAGGGAUUUGUGAGCGAUAGUGAGUAUUUGGCGGACGGCUAUUUAAAAAAGUAUGGCCGCCUUAAGCCAUGGGAUCUCUACGGCUUGGACUAGAGAUACCAAAUAGACAAAAGCUGAUUUGGCUUUACUGAUCAUAGCUAUGCUUGUUCCUGAUCAGCAUCCCAUGUAAGAGACUCUGCAAGCAGCUGCGAACUGAGCAAAUGAUUGUUUCUUGUCUGAUCACAUCUCGUGCAGCAGUAAAAAUAAUUGUCGGCAACCCAUCUUGCAAUAAUAGAAAUUGUUAUAAGUGAUUGUGUGAUCAACCACCCCCGACAAAUGCCCUGUAUAAAAGCUUUAACAAGUGGAGAUUGACUUGCUAUACGGUUGAUCAGCGGUCAUUGCUGGAAAUGAUCUCCCGUGUAUUUAAAAAUAAAAAAUAAAAGGACCUAUGCAUGCAAAA